CGACGAGAAGCGAUGAGUAUUGUAUGGAGGAGGAUACGACGUUCGAAUAAGAAAUCUGCGAAGUACCGAUUCACGAUUACACCUCAAGAAUUGCUGAUUGUUUGUGCAAAUAGUGAACAAUGGAAACCUAACCGCAUUCUUGUAGCUUGUUUGCACAGACGACGUCGAGUGGAAGGUAGAUCGCGUCAGUGGGAAGGAAGUUUUGCAGAUGCGUGCCGUGGUCUGAUCGUGUGGCCAGUACAAACACCAGAUCCGUUGCUCGUCGAAACAACACUGUACGGUGACAACACCACUCGCGAGUACGACGAUAAGGAAUGGACUCUGCUCAUCGAAGAGUGCACCACCAAAGGCAAGAAACGCUCCAUCGCAGCGGUCAAUUUGAAUAUGCGACUGUUCGUUCAGAAUACGCCUGGAACAAGCUCGGAAGUGAAACUGAAAAUGCGACCACUGUGGAGCGGUGUAGCACAUUGUUCUAUCCAGAUACUGAUCACAUCUGCGCUCUUGAAUGUAGCUGAUAGCAUUGAAUCAGAAGUGAGGAGUGAAACGUCAAGUGUGCGGGGAGAUGGUCGUGGCGCGAGUGUGGAACAUGAGGUGGAUGCUGCGGAUGGCGCAGCGACAAUGAUUACAUCGCAGAAGAGAGAAGAACUAUCGAAUGAUACUGAUCAGUGGAAUAAAACAUCGAAAUCGCUGGACGAUUCAUUGACAUCACCAUCAGACCAGUCAGCUGAUCAUAUUAAGAAAAAUGAUGAAGCAAGACGAAAAGUUGAUGAUAACAUUCUGUCUGGAAAACCGUUUGCAGAAGCUGUUAAAGAACAAAGCUUUGUUUGGUCAUGUCGCUUUAUGAAAAUCGGUUGCAGAAAUGAGAACACGCCAAUUGCAAAUAAAGCAGCAAAUCGGCUAGCAACCACUGCCAUAUCGUAUCAAAAGGUUGAACCAGAUAAGACUGAUGAUGUCAAGAAAAGUGUUGAUAAAGUCAGCGAUAAGUUACAAGUGAAAACAACUGAAAGCCUGAAUGGGAAUGACAUUCUUCCGAUUAAAAACGAGAGCAAAGAAGUUUGUGAGUGUCCAUCUAGAAAGGUGGAUAUUCCAGAAGUGAUUGAAGGCGAAGAUUUGCUAUCAUGGUGUCAACGGGUGGCACAGGGCUAUCAUCAGGUCAGGAUCACGGAUUUCAGUAAAAGUUUUCGAAGUGGUCUCGCACUAUGCACAAUCAUACAUCGUUAUCAUCCGGAGAUGAUCGGCCCCUUCCAGUCGCUAGAUUUCUCGGAUUCGCAUUCAGGACGACGUGAGAAUUGUAGAAAAGCGUUGAAUGUCGCGGCACAACUUGGCGUUACUCGCAAACUAGAUGCUGGAAUAACAGUGACACUACCGGAUCGACAUGAAAUUCAGCUGUUUCUCACCGAUCUCCGUUCCAUCUUAGAAGGAGGUGCAUCAUCGCUGACACGUCAAAUGAGCACUAAAGAAUCAUCAGACCAUCGAAUCUCAGCACUUUUCAACCUUUCUGAAUCUGAAACAAGUGUAAUGCGCGAAUUAGAAAGUCUUCGAAAACAACGUGAGCAGGAGGACGCCAUCGAUCUGACGAACAUUCCGGCAGAAGACCGCACACGCUACGACGCAGUUGCACCAGGAAGUACCUCGAUCAAGACGGCAUCUUUGGACCGAUCGGCUUCAAAACAACGUCGACAUUUCGUGAAUCCGUUCGAUUCGGAUUCGGAUUCUGAUGAAAACAAAUUGCACCAACCAACUACACAUAAUCGAAACGCGAGUGUAGGUGCAGUGUUAAGUGAUAAGCGUUUAUCACCGGUUGUGAAGACACGACACGAGGAGUUAAUGAAGAAAAGAAGGGAGAUAUUCAGCGAUGACGAUCAUUCAUCCUCGCAGGCAACCGAACAGAGAGCAAAAAGACUGCAACAAGAGGCUCGACGUUUAUUGGAAACAGCGGCUACUGAAGGCACGACAGUAUUCAUAAGCGAAAGUGCACCGGGAACCACAAAUCAAUCACCUGCAGUCGGGAACACACCAUCUACGUCGAACAUUGGUCUGAGGAGACGAGCAUCGCAAACGUUAGUCGAAUCGUUGCAGACAACAUCACAAAAUGAAUUACGAUGUCUCGCCGUAACAACCCCGCAAGUCAACAUCUACAAAUUCAAGAAGAUACAACCCUCACCGAUAUUGCAGCGUAAAAAGUAUGAAGCGCCACUUAUUCCAGCUUUUGAACGUCCAACACAAAGAAUUUCGAAUAGUCAAUCAGAUAUUCGCAAUGAGAGUUGGCCAUCAGCAUUCGAUCGAGUGAAAAGGUACGGUAGUAUGCGAGGACAGGAGUUAGCUGAUACGGUAGCGAGGAUGGCCGGGAUUACGAUGGCACCGGCUAUACAGCAAACAUCGAACACUUCUGAAGCAACGCCGACGCGAAAACUUGUUUCUCAGUGGGAGAAAGAUUCAGAAAAGAUGCAAGAAGAACAAGCGAAUUUGUCAGCUCGUCUUGCGCAAGUUUCAGCCGAGGAUGAGAAAAUCUGUACGCUCAUCAAAAGAACAAAAGCAUCGUCAGAAGAAGAAGAGCGUUUGUUACGUGAACAUAUGCGUUUGUUGAAUGAGAAAGAUGCGUUGGUGAGGAGGAGUGAGUAUUUCAACGUGUUGGAGCAGUUGAAGGACGUUCAGGAUGAGAUCGGUAACAUCCAGAAGAAACUGAGUUCGGCAUCGUCGAUUGAGCAGGAGGACAAAACUGAAGAGGAUAAACAGAACAUUGAUCGUUUGAUGAAUGAUCUGGUGGAAUUGGUCAAUAGGAAAGAUCAACUCUCUCAAAAACUCAUUCAUCACGAAGCUGAAGACGAGGAAUUUGACGAGCGAGAUCGAUUAACGCUCGAGGCUGCAGCCAACUUUUCGCGAGGUUUCGAGCAACCAAUGUCCGCAUCAAAACGUUUAUUUACUUGGAUAAGGUCGGAAAUCAGCAGCUAA